AUGGCUAAGCUCGACAGAGCUGAUUCGGGCGCGGCCCACACUCCUCGAACAAAAGCACACCCUCCACCCCCACCCUUCUACCUCCCUCUAAACGCCACCCUGUACCUGUGUCUUAUUGCCAAUGGUCUAGCAGCUCUAUUCUCGCCUAUUCAAGACUGCGAUGAAGUGUUUAACUUCUGGGAACCUACACAUUAUCUUGACCAUGGGUAUGGACUUCAGACAUGGGAGUACUCGCCGGUGUACUCAAUCCGAAGCUGGCUCUACGUGUCGCUACACGCGGCAGUGGGCAAGCUAGGAUCAUUGGUCGUCCACUCCAAGUCAGCCGAAUUCUACUUUAUUCGCUUUGCCCUCGCUGCCUUUUGUGCCGGUUGCCAGACAAGGCUGUACUCCUCCGUAUGCCGGACCCUUAACCCUCGCAUCGGGCUCCUAUUUCUCUUGAUCGCCUUGUUUAGCCCGGGCAUGUUUCAUGCGUCCGCUGCUUUCCUGCCGUCCACGUUCACCAUGUACACGUCUAUGCUUGGUCUGGCUGCGUUUUUAGACCUGAAAGGUGGGCCGAAGAUUGCGCAGGGAAUCAUGUGGUUCGGUCUAGGAUCAAUUGUUGGCUGGCCGUUCGCUGGUGCUCUGAUCCUGCCUCUCAUCUUCGAAGAAUUCAUAAUUAGCACAUUCUCACGAAAUAUGGGCUCUUUGUUCUAUGCAGUAUUUGAUGGUGCUCUUCGGUGCCUUGGCAUCAUGGCCCUUGAGGUAGCAGUCGACUACGCCUUUUUCAGCAAGUUUGCCGUAGUACCUUGGAACAUUGUCGCAUACAACAUUUUCGGAGGGCAAGGAAGAGGUCCUGACAUCUUCGGCACCGAGCCAUGGACAUUUUACAUUCGAAACCUCCUGCUGAACUUCAACAUUUGGUUUGUUCUCGCCAUGCUAUCUGCUCCACUCCUCCUUCUUCAAGCCGCCUUCCGCUCCAAGGGCACUUCGAUUCAAACACUCAUGCGCUCCAUGACCUUGGUUGCGCCUUUCUACAUGUGGUUCGGCAUCUUUACGAUCCAGCCUCACAAAGAGGAGCGAUUCAUGUACCCCGCGUACCCGUUCCUCGCCCUCAAUGCUGCUCUUGCAUUUCAUCUGAUCUUGACAUACAUUGGCUCCAGCAAUCCAAAGGAGAUCAUAGGCCGUGUGCCCGCAAAGCUGAAGCUAGUCGCCGUUCUGUCGGUUAUCAUGGUGGCUGUCAACGCCGGCAUGCUCCGUAUUCUAGGGAUGGUGACAGCGUACAAUGCUCCUUUGAAGGUUCUCGAGCCAUUGCAGCAUGCGGAUGUUUCGCAAUCAGGAGCUUCUGUAUGCUUUGGAAAGGAGUGGUACCGCUUCCCUUCGUCUUAUUUCCUCCCGCACGAUAUGCGGGCCAAAUUCGUUCGGAGCGAGUUCAAGGGUUUGCUCCCGGGUGAGUUCCCCGACGCACCAAGUCUUUUUGGGCGUAUGCAGGGUGCGUCGAAGAUACCCUCUGGAAUGAAUGAUCUCAAUAUUGAGGACCCAAGCAAAUAUGUCGAUAUUUCUCAGUGUUCAUUCUUGGUUGACUCUUACUUCCCUGGUCAUGAAGCGACUGAACUGGAGCCUCACUUCGUGCAGGACGAGUCCCAGUGGGAAUCUCUCUCCUGCGAAAGGUUCCUGGAUGCCUCCCAGACCGGUCUGGUAGGACGACUCAUCUGGGUGCCAGAUCUUCCAAUUAUCCCGGAGCAGUUCCGACGCAAGUACGGCCAGUACUGCCUCUUGCAGCGCCAUGGUGGUGACAGCAGUGUAUAA